GUGACGGCUUGGGGUGACCUGCAGCUGUCUUACAUUUAUGUCGUCACAAAAUCGGGCUAUGUCACUACAAAACAUGGCGGCUACAACAGGUUUUUCGCCCGUUCUCGUCUUGAUACUGUUGGGACUGCACGGUGAGUGUUAUGGACAGUCUGAUGACGAAACCCGCCUGAUAGACCUGACAUGGACUAUGGAGGAGGGAAUGAACGUGUAUCCAUCACACGCAAAGUACCGCUUCACCAUUGUUAAAAGAGGUGAACAGCCCCGUGGGUACUACCUGGAGACCAACAACGUCUUCAUGGCCGAACAUACGGGAACUCACCUGGACGCGCCGGCGCACUUCGUGGAAGGAGCUUGGAGACUUGACCAGAUCCCGCUGGGUCAGCUGACGGGUCCGGGAGUUGUGGUGGACGUGAGAGACAAGAUCGGCAACAACUCGCGCUACGCCGUCACUCCGCAGGACUUACAGGACUGGGAACGAGAGCAUGGGCGGAUCCCAGACGACAGUAUUCUCAUGCUCCGAACAGGUUGGGGGGAGUGGUACUGGGAACGAGGACCUAGUGCCUACCUGGGCACAGAUACCACAGACACCACCCUGCUGCGCUACCCCGGUCUGCACCCAGAGGGCGCUCAGUGGCUUGUAGACAACCGCAAGGUGAAGGUGGUCGGCAUAGACACCAUUAGCCCUGGGGGUGUUCCCGUCCACGAAACCCUCCUAGGCAGCAACGUCAUCAUCAUAGAAAACGUGGCUCACCUGGACGAGAUGCCCGCUACCGGUUCCACCGUGUACGCCAUGCCCAUGAAGAUCGGCCAGGGAAGCGGAGGCCCUGCCCGGGUCUUCGCAAUCGUGGACGGCAGAACCAGCACAGCGGGACCGACAGCGCCGCACAACCUGGUCGUCUUGUUGUCUGCAAUUAUUCUAUUCAUGUUGGCUUUCACGUAAAAUGGCGCUCACAUGAGUUUUUACCGUUGAUUUCCAGUGUUGUUUCAGCCAAAAUUAUGACAAACGAACACCACCAGUGUAGCAAUGUCUAAUUUCUUUUGCUUGCCUAAAUUGGCAAGAUCCGUUCUACUUUUGUAAGAAUACAGAUAAUUUCUUUUAAUUGUAGUUUGUACUUACACCAUUUUGCAUAUCCACCAUCUAGUAGUCAAUUUGCAAUUAAACAAGAGGACUAUCGCCUUAUACAGACCCUCCCUCCCCGAUAAAUAUCGUACACUCCCUUUCGCUACAAC